AUGUCUGAUCAAGAGAUUGUACGACUUCGACGCGAGAACGAAGAGCUCAGACGCGAGAGGGAAAAGGAGCGGCGCGAGAAGGAGGCAGCGGAGACGCGAGAGGAAAAAGAGCGGCGCGAGAAGGAGGCAGCGGAGGCGCGAGAGGAAAAAGAGCGGCGCGAGAAGGAAAAAGAGCGACGCGAGAAGGAAAAAGAGCGACGCGAGAAGGAGGAGCUCGCACGCGAAAACCAGCCGACUACACUGGAUGAAUAUCUACGGAACUGCCAUACCUAUCUCUACCAGAACUUCAAGCUUGCCGACAAAGGGAUGUGGGCAGAGAGUGGCGAUACUACCUUGCUAUAA